UCCCCCUCGCAGAUCCACAUUCCGCCUUCCCCUCUACCAAACACACUUUUAGACAACUCACACACAUUUCUGAUUCUGAUUCACAAUUUCACAACAUAGAUAUUCCUCCAUUCAUCCAACUCCAAUUUCCAACCAUGUCGUCGUCGUCUGCACCACCACCACCACCCCAGCCCACCACCCUCCCAAUCUCCACCCCACAACCCUCUCAGCCACCUAUCGCCACACCCGCAUUCCGCGCCUUCAUUUCCAGAAUCAACGAUUUGGCCCGCCAAGGCUUCUCCAAGCGCCGCCCAUGGGCGGAGCUCAUCGACCGCUCCGCCUUCUCUCGUCCCGAUUCCCUCUCCGAAGCCACUUCACGUGCCCGCAACAACUUCUCCUACUUUCGCGUCAACUACGCUAUCCUCCUUGCCGGCGUUCUUGCCCUCUCUCUCCUCUCUCACCCCUUCUCUCUCCUAGUCCUUCUCUGCCUCCUCGCCGCCUGGCUCUUCCUCUACCUCUUCCGCCCUUCCGAUCCUCCUCUUGUCCUCUUUGGUCGUACCUUCAGCGAUCGAGAGACCCUCGGCGGUUUAAUUUUGCUGACCUUCAUUGUCGUCUUCCUUACCAGCGUCGGCUCGCUCAUCAUCUCCACUCUCAUGAUCGGUUUAGCCAUCGUCUGCGCUCACGGCUCAUUUAGGGUUCCAGAGGAUCUCUUUCUCGACGAACCUGAACCUACGGCUACCGGAUUCCUCUCCUUCAUCGGAGGCGCAGCUUCUUCUGCCGCAGCUGCCGCUGCACCUUCUGUUACCGUACGCGUAUAACCAUGCAUGAUGCACUAUUAUGAGUUGGUUCAACUUUUCAAGGUUGGUUAGGGCAUGCAUGAUGCAAGUGCAACCGGGUUGUUGUUCACUGAUCAGAAUUCCUCUCAUAAAUGAUGCAUUGCAUCCUUUUUUUU